GAAUACAGUAUUCAAGAUGCGAUAUGACAGGAUGGAUCCAAAUUCAGAUAAGAUGUGUAAGACACACAACCACAAGAGUAAGCAGUUCUGAGAAAGACGGCUUGAAGUCAGUUGACACCUGAGACUGAUCACACAGAAUCAACACUGACAGCUGCUGCUGAGAGCCCUAUCAGACUUCAGUUUUACUUGUACCACAAUGGCCUUAUUGAACGUUACUCUUCCCUGGAAUGUCUCUGUGGACCUCAACCACAGCUAUUUCAAAUCCAACCUCACAGAAUUAGAGGACACACAACCCACGGAGAAGAACUGGCCAGCCCUGUUCAUUCUGGCCAUUAUAUUUUUUACUGUUGCUGGGAAUAUACUGGUAAUUAUGGCCGUGUCCAUCGAGAGCAAACUGCAUAAUGCCACCAACUACUUUCUGUGCUCACUGGCCGUGGCAGACAUGCUGGUGGGAUUCCUAGUUAUGCCUGCUUCACUAAUUAAUAUUCUUUACAAUCACAUCUGGCCUCUCCCUGAACUGCUGUGUCCCAUGUGGAUCUUCCUUGAUGUGCUUUUCUCCACAGCCUCCAUCAUGCACCUGUGCGCCAUCUCUCUGGACCGCUAUAUCGGCAUCCGUAAUCCAAUCAAAUACAGCCGCAGCAACACACUUCGCAAGACCAUGUUAAAAAUCAUUUCUGUCUGGACUGUUUCUAUAGUGUUGUCGCUGCCCAUUCCAGUGAUGGGUUUCCAGGACAAGCAGAAGGUGUUUGUAAACGGCUCCUGCACCCUGAACGAGCCUCGUUUCGUCCUUGUUGGCUCCUCCGUGGCCUUCUUCGUUCCUCUGGUCAUCAUGGUGGUCUGCUAUUACCUCACGCUCCGUGAUCUCCAGAGGCACAGCGCUUCCUUCCCACAAGAGAGCAAGACCCAGUCCAAACAUUCAUCUGUUGAGAUCAGUGACACGAGUCUGCUGAACAGUAAGUCCUCCACCAUCAGGUCCACACCAGGUCCACGAGGUCAAGGCAGACGAGGCAUGAUUCAAGCUUUGAACAAUGAGCGUCGAGCCUCCAAAGUCUUGGGGAUUGUCUUCUUCCUCUUCCUGGUCAUGUGGUGUCCGUUCUUCAUCACCAAUGUCCUGGUCGCCAUCUGUCAGGACAACUGCAGCGAGCAUCUCUAUAACCUCAUUCACUUUUUUGUCUGGGUGGGAUAUAUCUCCUCCGGAGUGAAUCCUCUGAUCUACACCCUUUUCAACGAGACGUACCGACAAGCCUUCGCUCGCUAUUUACGAUGUAAAUAUCAUUAAGACGUGCAGCAGAAGAAGGUCCAGGCCAUCUGAUAAUAUACACACAGUUGCACCAUAAUGGUUCAAACAGGUUAAUCAACUAGUCGAGUGCUUAAUGUCUAAUUCACUAGUUGACCAUCUUGACCUAGCCUAUUUAUAUAUUUCUAAUAUGAGUCUGCCAAACUUACUUUCCCUUUAACCUCUUAACUGUCAUUUCUGAACACUUUUUCACUUUUGGUGUGAUCGGGCUUACCUUAGUAAAACAUAUUUUUUAUACUGAAAAAAAAA